AUGCCACAUCGCAACUCUCUCUCUCUCUCUCUCUCUCUCUCUCUCUCUCAUCCUCCUACCAUCAUUCUCUCUAUAUUUCUCUUUCAUCCGCAUCCCCCUUUUUAUCUGUUUUAUUACUCACUUAAUUUUUCUCUAUCUUUCUAUCUUUCGUUUUCUCUUCCUUCGAACUACAUUGGAAUUUCUUUCUGGUCUCAUUUCUCUCUCCUCACCCUCUCUAUGUUUCUUUUACCCUUUCUUUCUGUUAAUAUUUCUUUGUAUUUUUUUUUAAUUCUGUUUUUCUUCCCAUUCCUUUUCCUCUUUCUUUCUACUUCAGUCAUUUUUUUUUCUUUUCUUCUUUUUUCUUCUUUUUUUCCCUUUUUUUCUCCGUUUCUGUAUUCUCUAUAUUUUCUUUCACUCUCUCACAUUGUUUUUAUCUCUGACCCUCUUCUCUGUAUAUUUCUCUCUCUUUUUAUAUCCCUGUGUGUAUUUCCUCUAUAUGUUUCUCUUUCGCUCUUCCCUCUUUCUUUCUUUCUUUCUUUCUUUCUUUCUUUCUCUUCUCUCCUCUUGUCUGCGUAG